AUGCUGGAAACAGAACGACCCAGCCUGGAGCAGUACGAAGGCUUCACCGAUGAAGUCGCUAAGGAUAUCAGAAUGUUAGCCCGCACGGCUACCAACCACUCCGCAACCGGAGAGCUGGUGAACCAUUCGUUGACAAAAAAACUCAGCCAGCUCCUGGUGCCGGGUGUCAACCCAAUGGAUCAGACGCUGGAUCCCCGCUUGGAUCCCAAUUCUGACGAUUUUGACUCAAAGUUUUGGGUUAAGAACAUGCAUCAGUUGGCCUGUUCGGACCCAGAUUACUAUAAACCGGCCUCCUUGGGCGUUGUCUACAAGGGGCUCCGUGCUUAUGGUCAGGCUGCUGACGCUGACUACCAGUCCAACUUUGCCAAUGCAAUUUACAAGAAUGUUUCUCAAUUCAUUCAAAAUCGGUCAAGCUCUUAUCGUGAGAGAACCAGAUUUGACAUUUUGAAACCCAUGGAUGGUAUAAUAGAACCAGGGUCUGUCACGGUGGUUUUGGGAAGACCGGGUGCUGGCUGUUCCACCUUCUUGAAGACCAUUGCUUCUCAAACACAUGGUUUCCAUAUCGAUGACAACUCCGUCAUUCUGUACGAUGGACUCACCCCCCAGGAAAUCAAGAAGCAUUACAGAGGUGACGUUGUCUACUGUGCUGAAACCGAAUCUCAUUUCCCUCAGAUGACAGUCCAACAGACACUAGAGUUUGCUGCCAAAAUGAGAACACCGAAAAACAGACCCGAGGGUAUCUCGAGGACGGACUAUGCCAAGCACAUGUCUGAAGUUGCCAUGGCUACCUACGGUUUAUCGCAUACAAGAAACACAAAAGUUGGAAAUGAGUACAUCAGAGGUGUUUCUGGUGGUGAGCGGAAGAGAGUCUCCAUCGCCGAAGUUCAUUUGUCUAGGGCAUGCCUACAAUGUUGGGAUAACUCCACCCGUGGAUUGGACUCUGCCACUGCUUUGGAGUUUGUUAGAGCUUUGAAGACUUCUGCGACAGUGACCAAAACGACACCUUUAAUUGCCAUCUAUCAGUGUUCGCAAGAUGCUUACGACUUGUUCGACAACGUCAUUCUCUUGUAUGAGGGAUACCAAAUCUACAAUGGCUCAGCUCGUGAAGCCAAAGAGUUUUUCACAAACAUGGGUUACCACUGUCCUCAGAGACAAACGACAGCUGACUUUUUGACUUCUCUUACCAACCCUAUAGAGAGAGAAGUCAGGGAAGGCUUCGAGAAUAAGGUUCCUAGAACGCCUAAGGAGUUUUAUGAUUACUGGCAGGCUUCACAGGAGAGAUCGAACAUCUUGAAAAAAAUCGACCACUACUUGGACUCUCAAGAAAUAGAAGACAAGCGCAAGCAGUUCAGUGAAUCUCACAACGCUCGUCAGGCAAAGAAUUCUAGAGCUAAGUCCCCAUACACUGUUUCCUUUGGAAUGCAAGUGAAAUACUUGAUGCAGCGAAACUUUAGCCGAACAAGAGGAGAUCCAUCGAUUACACUCUUCAGUGUGAUUGGUAACAUCAUCAUGUCUGUCAUUGUCUCCACGAUGUUCAUUGAUUUGAAUCCGGACACUGACUCCUUUUAUAGAAGAACCGCUGUCUUGUUCUUUGCAGUUCUUCUCAAUGCUUUCGGCUCUCUUUUGGAGAUUUUCUCCCUCUACGAAGCCCGUCCUAUUGUCGAGAAACACAAGACUUACGCAUUAUACCACCCAGCUGCCGAUGCGUUUGCAUCCAUUAUGACAGAGCUCCCACCCAAGCUCAUUCAGUGCAUUUGUUUCAACGUUAUUCUUUACUUCACUGUGCAUUUGCGGAGAAGUGCCGGGCACUUUUUCUUCUACUUGUUGAUCAACUUCUCAUGCACCAUUGCAAUGUCACAUCUUUUCAGAUGCAUUGGUGCUGCCUCGAAAUCCUUGUCAUCGGCAAUGACUCCUGCUUCGUUAUUGUUGACAGCCAUGACCAUCUUCACCGGUUUUGUUAUUCCUCCACAAGACAUGCACGGCUGGUGCAGAUGGAUUAACUACAUUGAUGUGGUCGCCUAUGCUUUCGAAGCUUUAGUUGCCAAUGAAUUCCACGGAAGAGACUUCCCUUGUUCUCUUUACGUUCCUUCUGGACCAGGAUAUCCUACGCUGGGAGACAGUGUGAUUUGCCUGGAAAGAGGUGCCAACCCUGGUGAGGACUAUGUUAACGGAGAUGAAUUUAUCAGACUCUCAUUUGAGUACGAAAAUGCUCACAAAUGGAGGAACUUUGGCAUCGUUAUUGCAUUUGCUGUUUUCUUCUUCUGUAUCUACAUUUUCCUUGUUGAAAUCAACAAGGGGGCAAUGCAAAAUGGUGAGAUUCUUGUAUUCCAGGAGUCUGCUUUACGCAAGAGGAGAAAGCAGUUGAAGGAAAACAGUGAUUUGGAGUCAGCAACUCUAGAUGAAAAGCUUAAAGGUGAAGAUCUUUUUGAGGAUGACGAUGACUCUGAUAUCAGUGACAAGAAGCUUCCAAACACAUCCGAUAUCUUUCACUGGAGAAACCUCACCUACCAAGUCAAAAUCAAGUCGGAGCAUAGAGUGAUCUUGAAUGGCGUCGACGGAUGGGUCAAACCAGGCCAAGUGACAGCUUUAAUGGGAGCAUCUGGUGCAGGUAAAACGACUUUGUUGAAUGCUUUAUCAGAAAGAUUGACUUCAGGUGAUGUCACAGACGGCAAACGUAUGGUUAAUGGGCGUGAAUUGGACUCUGCAUUCCAAAGAUCGAUUGGUUACGUUCAGCAGCAGGACCUUCAUCUUCAGACUUCUACCGUUCGUGAGGCAUUGCAAUUCUCUGCUUACUUGAGACAGCCAUCAAGUACUUCAAAGGCCGAAAAAGAUGAGUACGUGGAGUACAUCAUUAGACUUUUGGAGAUGACAAAGUUUGCGGACGCCGUCGUGGGAGUGCCUGGUGAAGGUUUGAACGUCGAGCAGCGUAAGAGAUUGACUAUCGCUGUCGAGUUGGUUGCAAAGCCCAGAUUAUUGGUUUUCUUGGACGAGCCAACAUCUGGUUUGGAUUCCCAGACCGCUUGGUCCAUUUGCAAAUUGAUUAGGAAGUUGGCUGACCAUGGACAGGCUAUCUUGUGUACGAUUCACCAGCCUUCAGCGAUCUUGAUGAAAGAGUUUGACCGCUUGCUUUUCUUGCAGAAGGGUGGAGAGACUGUCUACUUCGGUGAUUUGGGAGACAACUGCCAAACCAUGAUCGACUACUUCGAAGGUGAAGGAGCACCUAAAUGUCCACAUCACGCCAACCCAGCCGAAUGGAUGUUGGAAGUUAUUGGCGCUGCACCAGGUUCCCAUGCUGAUAGAGAUUACCAUCAAGUCUGGCGUCAGUCCAAGGCAUACCAAGAAGUGAUUGAAGAGCUUGAUGAAAUGGACAGGGAGCUCCCCAAGAGACCAGUAUCGGAGGAUCCUGAGAAGUACAAAAAGUAUGCUAGAGGCUUGUGGGCUCAAUACCAGCUGGUUACGAAGAGAGUUUUCCAACAGUAUUGGAGAACACCAUCGUAUACCUACUCAAAAGUGUUGCUUUCUGUCCUCGCACCUAUGUUCAACGGUUUCACAUUUUUCAAAGCUGACAAGUCCCUUCAAGGUCUUCAAAACCAGAUGUUCUCAGUUUUCAUGUUCAUGGUGGUAUUCAACACUCUUAUUCAGCAAUAUCUUCCUCACUUUGUGGCUCAAAGAGACCUUUACGAGGUAAGAGAACGUCCUUCCAGAACGUACUCAUGGAUCACUUUCAUUUUGGCGCUUGUUACUGCGGAAAUUCCUUGGAACAUUGUCUGUGGUACUUUGGCUUUCUUCGUUUGGUACUAUCCCACUGGUCUCUACAAUAAUGCUGUUCCUACUGAUACAGUGGCUGAGCGUGGAGCUACAAUGUGGCUCGCAAUUGUCUGCUUCUACAUUUACACAUCCACUAUGGGCCAGCUCUGUAUCUCCUUCUCGGAAUUGGCGAACAACGCUGCUAACUUGGCAAGUUUGUUGUUCAGUAUGAGUUUGAUGUUCUGCGGUGUUUUGUCUUCCAAGGAUGACAUGCCACGGUUCUGGAUCUUCAUGUACCGGUGCAGUCCAUUCACAUAUUUUGUUUCAACGGUCCUUUCGGUUGGUUUGGCGAAUUCUGAUGUGACAUGCUCCGAUGUUGAGUUGUUGAGAUUCACACCAGAAGAGGGAACAUGCGGCGAGUACAUGGCGACUUACAUGCUGUUUGCGGGAGGGUACUUGGUCGACGAAAAUGCUACUGAUCAGUGUGAGUUCUGUACCGUGAGCUCGACUAAUGUGUUUUUGGACUCGGUCAGCGCCCAAUACAAUUACCGCUGGAGAGACAUGGGCAUCUUCAUUGCCUACAUUUUCAUCAACAUCAUUGGAACCUUGUUCUUCUAUUGGCUUGCCAGGGUACCAAAGAGAUCUCGUGAAAAGCGUCAAUAA